UUGUGACAAACGACUUCCUACCGGAUAUGGUUCCGCGUAAGGAAAUAGUUCGCUGUGACUCUUCAACAUGUGAGAAGAUUUGACAACCAAGUCAGCAAUGGAGGGAAAAUUGUUAGUUUUGUUGACCUUGGCUCUCUCCGUCGUGAAUCUUUAUGGAAGUUUUUUAGAGGUGAACUACCCAAAUGUGAACGUGACAGCCGAGCCAAAAGGGAGCGUCAUCAUCCAGGGUGGCGUUGGAGGCGAUAUCUUGUUGUACCCCGGAAAAAAUGGAACAUUAUACAUCAACGGCUACGACAUCGAAGACAUCAUUGCUAUGGUGAACAGCCUCCCCCCUGUGUGGACCAAACAAACGGUGCAUGACUCUCUCGGCACGUUCGAUGCAGGGAAGAACCUCUCCGUCGCCGUCUACGCCAAGGACCCCGAGGGCGGAGCGUUACAGUACGCGUUGAUAUCGGGUCGGUUCCCCCCUGGCAUCAUCCUCAACAACAAAACCGGCGUCAUCAGCGGCAUAGCGCCAAACUACGACGCUACAUACAGCUUCAGCAUCCGUGUCACCGACAAAGACGGCAAGUAUGCCGACGGAACCUUCUCCAUCGACAUCAGAGAGCGAGAACUGUGUUCCUCCAAACCCUGCAUGCACGGGGGUUCGUGUGUCGACGUCCCCGGGGGCUUCCGCUGCGACUGUCUGCCCCUGUACGGGGGGAGGACCUGCAACGUCUUAUGUUCCGUGAACCCUCUGGGUGUUGGCGUCAAGAACAAGGUGGUCCCGGACGCACAGAUCACGGCACAUUACAGCUUUAACGGUUCCAAGGCAUCCGAUGGACGACUAUACGCACCCGUGGGCGUUGGCUGGGUGGGGCAGGGUCUUGGGUCCUGGCUGCAGGUUGAUCUGAACACGGAGAUGAAAUUGAACAGGAUGGCUGUUCAGGGCGUCAGCACCAACUACAUGAUCAGCCAGUUCACGGUCCAGUACAGCACUGACGGCAACACCUUCACCGACGUCCUCGACGCAGUCACUAAGAAGACUGAGAUAUUUCGCGGCAGCGCAUCCUACAUGAUUGAACAGCUGAAGACGUUCGAUCCCCCAUUCCUGGCACGUUUUGUCCGCUUCGUCCCCCUCAGCUGGCACACCGGGGUGGGGACACACCCAGGCAUGCGCGUGGAGCUGUACGGAUGCUAGCGUUCACAAUAUUACUUGUAUCUGUCUUGGAGAGAUUAACAAAAAUAUUUGGAAUAAAAUUUGAAUCUUG